GCUACUCCUGCUUGUCCCUCUUUGUCCGGUGGCGAGGGAAGGCCACGGCAAUUAUGGCUAAAUUUGCGUUUUUUCUCCCCCCUCAAUGAAUUCUAGUUAAAUGUUGGAUCGGCGAGCGAAGACGCCAGAGAGUUUCAAUUUAACGGACAGCAGAGCGAGAGCGACGGAAGAAAGGGUACAGUUUCCUCCCCCCCAAAAAAGAUGGCUAGGUAUCUCCAGUGGCAUGCUAACGUUAGCUAGCUAGCUGGCUAACAGGCUAACGCUAGCAUUUAGUAAACAACAUUUGCCGAAGGAGUCAUUUUGUUUUGCCUCUUCUCUUUGGUGAUGUGAUAAGUUACAUUUGUGAUAGCGCACGAUUUGUGGUGUCUAUUGCAAAUUAGGUGCGAGCUAAACCCGGUAGCCACUUUUGAGUAACGUGGCUAGCUAGCAGGCUAGCCCAAGGUGGCAUCCAAGCUGUGCACAUCUGUAAGUGAUCAUGUACUCUUUAGUGUACUUCUACUGACAGUACUGCAGGUAGGAAGCUAUCAAAUUACGGAGUUGUUUUGCAGUGAAAGAAGCAACCAGCUCACUUUUUUAACCUGACGUUGAUUUGGUGACCAAAUCCCGGCGUGACAACAAGCAGAGUGUGCAGACCUGGGCCUAGAGUCACAAUCCACACCACCAAACUCGCCAUUUUGACAUGACCCCAAGCUAGAUUGGGCCCCACCACCCACAGGACGUCGUCAUUUUUCACAUUUUUCCCCCUCUUUGCAUAUGAAACGGUGACAUCACCCACAGUAGUGUUAGCUAAUGGCUGCCGAAUCGGGGAGACUACUGGCGGGACAAGGAAAACGAAGCAAAGCUUCACAAAUGAAGAGCCCAGAGAAGAAGAAGGCGAGGAAGUCCACCUCACAGGCAGCGGGCUUCUCGCACCUCACGGAGUUUGCACCCCCUCCCACCCCCAUGGUGGACCACCUGGUGGCCUCCAACCCUUUCGACGAUGAUUUUGGACCGCCAUCUCGACCCAGUGGAGCGGGCGGACCAGGCGGUGCCCCUUUUCUUCCUAGCCCAGGUGCAGGUGGAGGAGGUGGUUAUGGAGGCGGGGGACGAAUGGGCGGCGGCGGCAGUGGUGGUGGUAUGGCAUUCAUGGGAGGACCAGGCAGCGGACAGCCAGGCCGUAGACCGCCGUUUGGACCGCCAUCCAACGCAGGACCUCACCACCAGUUAGGUUUUGGCGGGAUGCCUGGCUUCGGAGGUGGGGGCGGGGGCGGCAGUGGGGGGGCAGGAGGAGGGGGUGGAUUCCCUCCUGGUGGACCAACCCAAUUCAAUAUACCACCAAACUUCAGCCCACCCAUGCACCCUGGGUCAGGCUUUAACCCCAUGUUGUCUCCGGGGGGCAUUGGAGGUCCCGGAGGUGGAGGUCCACCCCACCCUCGAUUUGGCAUGCCUCCACAACAGCAGCAUGGACAAGGGGGGCACCCAUUUAAUAGUCCACCAUUACCUGGUGGAGGGGGCCCCAGAGGGCCCCCACAUGGGCCCAUGCCUCCCAUGGGUGGCAUGGGGCCCGGCCAGGGGAUGAACAUGAUGAGUGGAAUGGGUGGUGGUCCUGGAGGCAACAUGUUGGGGGGACUACCAGGAAUGCCCCCUCAAGGACAAUUCCCUCCAUCACAGGAUGGCUCCUAUCCUGGUCCUAGUCCACCUGGGCCAGGCAACGAGGAUGGAAAAAAUUUUGGGGGAGCAGGAGGACCUCCACCUGGGUCUCAGCAGCAGCAGCAGCAACAGCAGCUUAACCUAAAUCCCAAUGGCCCGCCUCCUAAUAACACCACCCCUGGUCCUCCUAACUCUGGUCCACCACAGCCUGGAGGAGACUUCCCAGGCCACCCUGACAUGCAGCAGCCCAAUGCUGGCACACCUGGCCAGCCUCCCUCGGCACAGCCACAGCCCAACUCUUCCCCCAGUGGCCCCCUGAAUGGGUCAGGCCAACCUCAGCAUCCACCCCCAAAUCAGCUGCAGCCCCCCAACAAUGCCAACACUCCCAACUCGAACAACUCAGUCCAGCAGCAGCAGCAGUCUACUCCGCCUAACUCAGCCUCAGGCUCCGCCUCUCACAACCAGCAAAACAACACCCCCGGCACUGGUGGUCCCAUGCCUAAUGUCGCCCCCAGUUCAGGUCAGAACAACAUGACCAACAACAAUGGAGGCAACACCCCCGGCAGCAACCCCAACCCCCCGUCCAACUCCACUUCCACCCCGAACACCCAGUCCCCCUUGCCUCCCGGCCCGUCUGCCCCUUCAGCAGGGCCCGGCUCCGGCCCAGGGAAGCUGGGUGGUCCCGGCAUGGUCUUCCCUUGCGGCCUGUGUGUGGCGGAGGUGCACGACGACCAGGACGCCAUCCUGUGCGAGGCGUCAUGCCAGCGCUGGUUCCAUCGCGACUGCACAGGUCUGACAGAGCCCGCGUACGGGCUGCUGACACGGGAGAGCGCCGCCGUGUGGGCGUGUGACUUCUGCAUCAAAACCAAGGACAUCCAGGCCGUGUUCGUGCGCCAGGGACUGGGCCAGCUGGUUGCGGCUAACGAGAGCUGAGGGGUCUGAGGGGACU